AAAUAGGAGCUGCUGUAUAGGGCCAGAGCUGCAGCUGGAUGUAUCAGUGCCUCAACAGGAAAGCAAAGAUGCUGCUCCUCUUGGCAUCUCUCUGCCUCUGGAGUUUCCCCCAGACCAGGGCAGCACCAUCUAGCACCCAGGAGAUGACCAGAGGGUUGGAGUGGUUAACCCGCUACGGCUACCUCCCUCAACCAGACCCAAGGGCAGCUCGUCUUCAAAGCCCAGAGGAACUGAAAAGCGCCAUCAGAACAAUGCAAAGGUUUGCAGGGCUGCCUGUGACCGGGACGAUGGACCAGAAGACCUUGGACAUGAUGACCCACCCUCGCUGUUCCCUUCCUGACAUUUUUGGCACCUCGGAGUUGAUGCGUCGCCGGCGCAGGAGGAGACGCUAUGCUCUCAGCGACAGUGUCUGGACAAAGACCAGCUUGACAUGGCACAUCCGUUCCUUCCCCCGUGCCUCCCAGUUGUCCCCCUAUAAAGUCCGGGAACUCAUUUCCCUCGCCUUCCGGGCCUGGAGCCGUUCCUCAGCUUUGACCUUCCGAGAGGAGACUUCUGGACAAGCUGACAUCGUGGUGGACUUCAGCCGCUCCUAUCACGAAGACAGCUACCCUUUCGAUGGGCCUGGAGGCACCCUGGCCCACGCCUUUUUCCCCGGGGAACACCCCAUUUCUGGCGACACUCAUUUCGAUGAUGAAGAGACAUGGAUACAUGACCCGGACAACAAGUAUCCAGGUCAAGGCACAGAUCUCUUUGCCGUAGCAGUUCAUGAAUUUGGCCAUGCCUUGGGGCUCUCUCAUUCUUCCAUCAAGGAAUCUAUCAUGAUGCCGUAUUACCAGGGACCUGUUGGGUCGCCUGAGCUCUACCAGCUGCCACAGGAUGAUGCCAUGGGGAUUGAACAAAUCUAUGGUAAGCGUCAGUCAGGCUCAUACCCAGAUUCAGAUACCCCAAAAUUUCCAGUCCCUACAGACCUCCCAAUUCCUGACCUGCCACCCAACAGACCCACACAAGGGCCACGUCCACCGUCACCUGAUCGCUGUGAGGCCCAGUUUGAUGCUAUCGCCAACAUCCGUGGGGAAGUUUUCUUCUUCAAGAAAAAACAUUUCUGGAGGCUGCAACCAAGCCAGCACCUGGUUUCCCUAGAGCCGGCGCAGACACUGCGGUUUUGGAACGGGCUUCCCCAGGAUUUCAAGGCCAUUGAUGCUGUCUAUGAACGGGCCAAUGACAGCCAAAUUGUGUUCUUCAUUGGGUCCCGCUUCUGGGUUUUCACUAAUACUCAGGUGAACCCAGGCUACCCCCGCCCUGUGUCCGAUCUCGGCCUCCCUGCCCGCACUGUCGUGGGUGCCGUUUUUGUGUGGCCUCACAAUGGCAAGACGUACCUCUUCGAAAAGGACCAGUACUGGCGCUAUGAUGAUCGGAUGGGUCGGGUGGAACUGGGAUACCCCAAGCCUGUCAGCCUUUGGAAAGGAGUGCCUAAUGACCUGGAUGAUAUCACAAGCUGGAACGAGGGCGACACUUACUUCUUCAAGGACACCCAGUUCUGGAAGUUCAGUGGCGGCAGCGUGGAGUCCGACGCCGGCUACCCGCGUUUCAUUUCCCAUCACUGGCUGCACUGCGAGGGCCCUGCCACGUCCUCCCCUCCCUCCCCAAGGCAGGGGCCAGAGAAGGGGAUGUGCAUCUGCGGGGCAGCUGCCCGAAAGACAGCCCCCGUCCUGGCCUUUGGGAUCCUGGCCUUCCUUUGGGCUGUGGUCUGCUGACCUACCUUGAGCAGCUAUAAAAGUAUUAAAAGACUAAUGCACUUUAUAAUACCCAAAGGAAGGGACCUGCUGGGAAGGGAAUGUGGUGUCCCUCCCCAGGAACAGUCUCAGAGCCAAAGCUUUUCCUUCCUUUCCCACCCACCCGCCUUCGAUGGUGUUCUCACCCCUUACAACCUGCUUGGCCCCUCUCUACUCCUCCCCACAUCCCUCAAUUCCAUGCUUUGUUGUUGGUUUUUUUAUAUUAAAAAAUAGGUGCUAAGACUGCUUGCAGGCCACACCCACUGACCUGAAAACUCUUCCCCCUAAUCCCAGGUGCGUGGCAACGGUCUGAUUUCUCAGGGGUGAAGGAAAUGCACUCUGUACCUGUUCAGAGGCACUCUCCUUAUUAUUACUACUUCACACAGCGCAAGCCUGGUUUGGGGGUCAAGCCCUGCCCAGUUUAAAUCCUCCCUCUAGCCUCAGUUAUCCCCAUUGAUCUGGCGAUGCCACUUCCCUGCCUUUCUUCCAGUGGGAGACAUAUGGAGGGCUUAAUCAUCAUCUUAAAUCAGGGCUUAAGUGCAGACCUGGCACUUAAGGUGUUUUCAUGGAGAUAGGUGAGUGGGAUUAGUGAGAA